AUGACUUUAUUUCCGCAACUAUCGACUGAUUUAUCAAACAGUUGGCAUUUAUAUCGAAUUAAUAUUCAAAAAGAAAAAGACGAGCUCGGCUUCAUUGUUCCAUCGAAAUUAAUUGAAUUACCAAAUUUUAAUCUCUAUGGUGCUAAUAAUGAAAUAUUAACUGUAGAUAUAAAUUAUAUCAAAACAAUCGAUUACACGAAAUAUAAAAAUGAAAUUAAAUGUUUUUGUAAAUAUUUAUUUGAAAAUAUCUUUGAUGGAAUAGUAAAUAGUUCGCAGACGAUUCUGAACUUUAAUAUUGAAUAUUCAUCAUUUAAACUACUUCCAUGUUUAUUGAAAAAUUAUGAUGAAAUCGAUUGUGAAAGAAUGUUAUCAAUAUGUAAUCGAUUGAAAAAACCUGUUGAACAUCAUUCUCAACUAUCCGAUGAUGAACUUUAUGUUGCUUGGCAUCUACAGAAUAGACAAUUGUAUAUUACUGUGCCAGAUAUUGUUUUAUUAAAACGAACUUCUGAUUUAUGGACGCACAAAACGAAACUAGAAACAAUUAAAACUUAUGCUGAUUAUUUCGAACAUAAAUUACCAAAUGUUUCUAUUCAUCGAGAUUCUUUAAUGGCCACAGUGAAAGCUAUAAGCAAUCCUCGAAUAAACUAUCUUCAUCAAAUAUCAACAGAAAAAAAAGCAACUAAACAUUCUGCAACCGAUUUGAGUGAUCAAUGUAUCCACUAUCCCAUAGAACUUCUUCAUUAUGGUCCAGUAAAUCAAGCUGAUUUGAAACUAUUUUAUAAGCUACCAAGUAUUCUUGUACGUCUUACUCAAUUAUAUUGGAUUGAGCAAUUGCGAAUCGUAUUUGCUUCUGAAAUUAAAAUUUAUAAAGUACGAGAAUCUUAG